AUGGAACUUGUUCAAAAUGUGGCAUCGACCAUGUCCCGAAUCCAUGAUGACAUUGAUGAUGAUAACGGUCCAAAUCUCAAGGUUUCUCUUCUAUACUGUGUAAACUUGCUUGAUGAAUCUGCUGCUGUUAUGAAUUGGACCCUUUCAGCAAUUAAUCAGCAAUCAACUCUAGGUCAAGAACAAUUUUAUGCAACAGGUGAUGCCAUUUCACAUGCGAGAACACUGUUGAAUGGUAGUCUUGGAAGCCAAGAAAUGUGUACCAAAAUUCUUGUUGGUGCCAAAUAUUUCAUGGUUGCAGGGAGGCUCAAACAAAUGACCACAUCCGUUUAUGAUAUCCUAGAUAUGUUGCAAGUGCCACAAUACGCUCCUGAUUUUUCCAGGGCUCCUGGUGCUUCUUUACUUAGUUGGAGUAGAUUCGGCGGCAUGAAGAUUUCAAAGAAACCAAACUUCAUUGUUUCACAAGACGGGAAGGGAAAUUUCAAGAAUAUAAUGGACGCGAUCAAACAUGCACCAAGUCACUCCACAAAUUACUUUGUGAUACUUGUUAAGAGAGGAGUUUACUAUGAGUACGUGAACAUUGAUGAGACAAAGUCGAAUUUUGUGUUGAUGGGAGAGGGCAUGGAUGUCACUAUCAUUUCGGGGAGUAAAAGCGCAGGGGGUGGUCAGCAAACAGUUGAUUCAGCAACAUUUGCCGUCAGGGCCUUGGGAUUCAUUGCAAUGGACAUAGGGUUCGAGAACACCGCGGGACAAGCAAACGGGCAGGCAUUGGCGGUUCUCACCGGCGGCGAUCGCUCUGCCUUUUACCGCUGCAAGUUAUCUGGAAAUCAAGACACCUUGCUAGUGCAAGCCGGCCGUCAAUUCUUCCGAGAAUGCCAAAUCAGUGGCACUGUCGACUUCAUUUUCGGCUAUGGAAAAGCCGUCUUUCAAAACUGCACCAUUUACAUCAAGAAAAAUCAAAUAGGCGGAACCAGCGUACUCGCAGCCAACGGCUGCGGCAGCCCAUCAGACCCAUCGGCCUUUUCCUUCCACCUCUGCACCAUCACCGGCGACCCCAAUGUGGUCACUAAGGACUCCACUCGCAACGGCGCAUACCUCGGUCGGGCAUGGGCGGAUUAUGCACGCACAGUGUUCAUGCAGUCGACCAUACACAAUGUUCUAAGGCCAGAGGGUUGGCUCCCGUGGGAAGGCAGGGGCGUCGACAAAGAGUAUUUCGGAGAGUAUAUGAACAACGGCCCCGGCGCAAACGUUUCUGACCGGAUAACUUGGCCUUGUCAUCAUUUCAUGAGCUCAUCUGAGGCUGACAGAUUUACAGUAGCAAACCUGAUCGAUGGAAGUUCUUGGCUGUCAACUCUAGGUAUCCCACACACACUAGGAUUAGAUGGAUCCUAA